AUGCAUUUCUCCUCCUUUGUCGUCCAAACUCUAUUGGCCAUUGGUGUCACUGCAGCUAGAAACGAGAAAUUCCGUCGUGAGGUCAAGCCCAACGGCCCUACUGACCCAGGUAUCAUAUCGAAAUGCACGUAUUAUGAUGAAUGGGUAGACAACGACUACGUCAACUGUCAACAAUGGCUUAUGGACUGGGCCAUUACAGAGCAGAAGUUCUCGGAAUAUAAUCCAACUGUUGGUGAUGACUGCUCCGGUAUCAAGGUUGGCCACUCGUACUGUGUCGAGAUCAACCAUGGCCUACCUGAAGAACCAGAUAAGCCCGAGAUUACCUCAACUGAUGUCUCUGGAUCCGAGCCCACGGAUACUGAGGAACCGCAAAUCCUUACCCAAGAAGGACUGAUUGAGAGCUGCGUUGACCUUCAUAAAGCCUCCGAGGGCGAUACAUGCGACCAGAUCGUCUCCAGCUUCUGUACAUUCGACUUCGACACGUUUCUCGCAUGGAAUCCAGCUGUUUACAAAGACUGCAGCGCACUAUGGGCCGGAUAUUACUACUGUGUUGGUGUUCCUGGUACAACAACUAGUGCCCCAGCAAAGACGACUGCAACUGCAACUGAACCUACAGGUUCCAAGAACCCUACAGUUCUACAAAAAGGACUCAUCAAGGGCUGUGCAUUGUUCCACCAAGCUGGGAAGGAUGAUACUUGUGCCAAGGUUGUUUCUAACCUUGACGCACUCAACAUCAAUACCUUCUAUAAGUAG